ACGUGCAGGGAGGAAGACGUCGCAUCUGUGCCAGAAGACUUCAGGUCGUAGGAGCGUAGUAGUAAUGCAUUAGUUUUGGGUGGAGUCGUUGAAGAAAAGGCAGCGGAGAUGGCUGCUGGUGUCUUACUCUUUGUUGCAGUGAACCUUGCCUGUUUAUCUGUCAGUGGAAACCUGGUCUCUGGAGAAAGAUCUUUCUCUAUUGACUACAAAAACAACUGUUUCCUCAAAGAUGGGAAGCCUUUUCAGUACAUCUCAGGUAGUAUCCACUACUCCAGAAUCCCACGGUACUAUUGGAAGGACCGGCUUGUGAAGAUGUACAUGACUGGUCUCAAUGCAAUCCAAGUAUAUGUGCCCUGGAACUUCCAUGAAGCAGUACAGGGGGUCCACAACUUCACAGGGGACAGGGAUUUGGAGCAUUUUUUGGAUCUGGCCAAUCAGACAGGUCUCCUGGUCAUCCUGCGUCCAGGACCGUACAUCUGUGCAGAAUGGGAAAUGGGUGGAUUGCCAGCGUGGUUACUUCAAAAACCAAACAUCAUACUUCGCUCUGCGGACACAGAUUAUGUGCAGGCAGUCAGCAACUGGCUUGCUGUUCUCCUCCCCAAAAUAAAGCCUUGGCUCUACAUCAACAGGGGUAACAUCAUUAGUGUCCAGGUGGAGAAUGAAUAUGGAAGCUACUAUGCUUGUGACUACAACUACAUGCGUCACCUACGGACUCUGUUCCGCUUCUUUCUCGGUGAAGACAUGGUCCUGUUCACCACUGAUGGCAACACAGACAAGGAAAUGACAUGCGGGACUCUGGAAGGAUUAUAUGCCACGGUAGACUUUGGCACAGACACCAACGUAACUGAGGCCUUUGCCCGACAAAGACGUUUUGAACCUCGAGGCCCUCUGGUGAACUCAGAGUUCUACACCGGCUGGUUGGACCACUGGGGAGAUCAGCAUGCCGUGGUUGAUGCUCAGAAGGUCAGCAGAGUGCUAGGAGAAAUGCUAACCAUGGGGGCCAACGUCAACAUGUACAUGUUUGAGGGAGGCACUAACUUUGGCUACUGGAAUGGUGCUGAUCAUGACUCGAGGUUCCGCUCAGUGGUGACUAGUUAUGAUUACGACGCCCCGCUGUCUGAGGCAGGAGACCCCACAGAGAAGCUGUUGGCCAUCAGAGAAGUCAUUAAGCAGUUUAGAGAUAUUCCUUCUGGACCCAUGCCACCAGCAACGCCCAAAUUUGCCUAUGGCUUUGUGACCCUAAGAAAGGUUGGUAACAUCAGCGGUCUGUUGAACACUCUUUCACCCCUGGGGCCAGUCAAAUCUCAGUAUCCUCUAACAUUUGAAGAGAUGAAACAGUACUAUGGAUACAUGCUGUAUCGGACCACGCUGCCCCGGGACCUCUCAGAGCCCACGCCACUUAUCUCUCCACUGAAUGGGGUUCAUGACCGUGCAUAUGUGUCCGUCAAUGGGGUUUUCCAGGGCCUGUUGGAGAGAGACACAGCACUGGUGAUGAAUGUCACUGGACAGCAGGGGGACACUGUGGACGUCCUUGUUGAGAACAUGGGCAGGGUUAACUUUGGCAGCAAGAUCAAUGACUACAAGGGCCUCUUGAGCAAUCUGAUCCUGGGUAAAGAUGUACUGACUGACUGGAAGAUCUACCCUUUGGACAUUGAUGGAGCCAUCGCUGGUGGAUGGCCUCAUUCAGACAGACAGUCCUUCCCCACACCUCAGAAAGAAGCUUCAGCUGGACCGGCCUUCUACAUGGGGACAUUACAGCCCAACGGCUUGGCAUGGGACACCUUUCUCAAGCUCAAUGAAUGGACAAAGGGUCAGAUAUGGAUUAACGGUAUGAACCUGGGACGAUACUGGCCAGCCAGGGGCCCUCAACAGACCCUUUAUAUCCCAGGACCCUUGCUCAGCACCACCCUACCCAACAACAUCACAGUGCUGGAGCUGGAGGGGGCACCAGCACACUUACGGGUUCUCUUCAUGGACCGGCCUCAGCUCAAUGUCACGACUCAGCAGUCUUAA